AAGAAGUGAUAACGUGUCUCUAUUUAACAGGAUAUUGCUGUUUUUUCUCUUUAUAGAGAUGGCCGAUCAUAAAAUGGGCAAUAAUCCAGAGAGGGAUGGCUACAAGUACAACUUUGGAGGAGGAGUUAGUGGUGGAUUCACUUUGGGUGGCUCGGGUGAAGAUGGCAUCAUUAGGGACCAGGACAGGCUGCUUCCAAUAGCCAACGUGGGGCGGAUCAUGAAACAGAUUCUGCCACCUAAUGCGAAGAUCUCAAAAGAAGCAAAAGAAACCAUGCAAGAAUGUGUGUCGGAGUUCAUCAGCUUUGUCACCGGCGAAGCUUCCGACAAGUGCCACAAGGAGAAGAGGAAGACGGUGAACGGAGACGAUAUUUGCUGGGCGAUGGCAACUCUAGGGUUUGACAAUUACGCAGAGCAGUUGAAGAGGUACUUGCAUAGGUAUAGGGAGCUGGAGGGAGAGAGGGCUAACCAGAACAAGGCCGGCAGCACCCACGAAGAAGUUUCCAAUUACUCAACAGAACCGCCAGGGAGAUCCACCGUUCCUCCUCCGACAAAUUCUCCGAUGACAUUCAAUGUGUUUGACAGAAAGAGUAGCUCUCUGUUCUAAAAAGAAUUGUGUUCUCCAUGUGCCUGGGAGAUAUCUCUAAAAUUGUGUGAGCUUACAAAAAUCUUAUGUUAAUUUGUUUGGUUUCUAACUUUGACUGCUGUUGUCAGCUUA